AUGAUCGUAAAACAGAUUUUGGGAGGAACGACUUCUGCUUUAGGACAGAUUUCUAAAAACUGUGGCAUCGAAGAUAUCGCUGCUCGUUUACAAAAGCAACAAAACGGAGUAUCAAACGGGUCAUCAGAAAACAUGAACACAGUACUAGCGGAUGAACCAAGUGAUCCUGGCUCGAUCUAUAAUAACACACCACUCAUGACAUUGAUAUGUGAUGACUGUGGGCUUGAAAAGAAUAGCUCAGAAGAAAUGGAGGUUCACAUUAAAACAGAGCAUCUACGUUGGCUCCCCUUCCAAUGCCCGAUCUGUUUAUGUGAGCGAGCAUCUGAUGCUCAAAUGCGUGAACAUGUUCAUGUUAUGCACAGAAAAGUUAUGCACAAGUUUAUCUACGCCGACAACAUCACUGCGAAACGAGAACUUCAAAAGCUUAUGGAUCGUUCGUUGAGUAAUGCUAUUACACGCAAGAAAGCAGAAUCAGCAAAAGAUAAAAACAAUAGUAAUUCUAACGGCUCAUUAAUGCAAUUGGAUAAUAUGAGAAAUUCGUUCAUUAUAGAUGAGAAUUUUAAGAAUCCAAAAUUCGACUUAUCUGAGUCUCCUCCAGCCGAGCCGAUGCCUGGUACCGUGUCUGAAGGUCGUAAACGUCCCCAUGUUGAAAUUACGGAAGGCUCAUCAAGCACAGAUGCUCUACUGGCCUGUAUCAGUCGGGCAGCCACCGCAGCUGGAGCAUUCAUAGAUGGUGAAGUUAUGGACGAAGAAAACCCACUGACUUCCUUGUUCUCCUCUAAGAAAUUGAAAGCGGAUAUUGAUCAAUUGAUAGAAAAUAGUGCUCAUAAUGAAACUGAACUCGAAGGAUAUGGAGAUGAGAAUGUUCUUGAAGCCUUGAAUCCUUUAUCUGUCCUUGAUGAUGUGGCUGCUUUGUUUGGCCAGACAGAUGGUAGGAUUGAAGAAGCCGCAGUUGAGAAACGCUCAAACAAUGCAAAAUCUAGCCAAGUUAGCAAAAAACGUGUAUUAGGAGAAUGUAGUAAAUGUAACAAGCCUGUUACGGCCGGUGCUCGACAGAUGCACAUGUUUUUCCAUUUGGCCAAAGAUCACGGAACGUAUCGUUUCCGGUGUAAAUUCGAAGGUUGCCAAGUCGAACAUUAUCGAAAAGACCAAAUGGAAAAUCAUCAGUCAAAAGUUCACGGCAAGAUUGAUCCGGAUAUGAUGGAGGACCGUUCAUUAGAACUUUUCCAGCGUUGUCAGGAAUUGAAUCAUGAGCUUUUUGUAUCCAACCGAUCUCUGAUAUCUACAAUAUUUCCAAAGCAGGAGUUGUCAAUGGAACUAUUAGGCACUAAGAACGGUAGCACACCGGGACCAACAGCGGUUAAAGCUGAAGCAACUUAUCAGGCUCAGCAAGCUGCUAAUAAAACUCGAGGGCAAAAUUCAGCUGCAGCAAAAUCUCCGGCCACUAUGUCGAAUUCUCUUAUAACUGGUCGUGGCAUUACAGAUGACGAGCAUCCUUUGGAAUGCCGUUUAUGUGGAAAAACUAUGCAGAACAGAAUAAGAGGUUUCCACAUCUUGUGGCAUAUGGCCAAAGAUAUGGGUAUCAAUAGAUACAUUUGUAAAUUUUGCGGUUUCGGUCACGAUCGUUCUCAGUCCGUGCAAACUCACGGAAAGAAAGAACACGGUACUGAAGAUGUAGUUCAAGAUCGCAUUAACGAGUAUGAAGAGGAAGUAAAGCAGAUGUCACAGAAAUGUUUUGGAUUCCAAGCACUGUUCUCUCAAGAUAACAAGCGUCGAAGCAAAAUUCCAGUAACUAUGCCAUCAUCGAAAAUGAAGAAAGAGGACGGUGAAGGAACUAACAGCGAACAGGAUGAAACGAACGCCAGUCGGUUCCAGGAAGAAGAGCCUAACACAAUGGACGAGACUGAGACAGAACCGUUUUUGGAGACUGAAAAUAAGCCAGACUUAACACCUCUAACAGAAACAGUCUCCGAUUUAAAAGACGGCAGUUCGUUUGAUCUCAAGAGCAGUUUAGAAGCUCCCACCAAAGAAGAAGCUACUGAUGAGGACUCUUCACCUUCUCGAACACCUGCUCGGAAGAAACGAUCGAACGGGAAAUUUCCUAGAUUUGGUCUUCGACGACCAGCUUCUAAAGUUAAAAAAUUAGAAAUGGCCAAGCUAAGAGAGAUCAGUCUACUUCUUGGUGGUGCUCACUACUACAAGAAGAAAACUACAGAGAUGGCUUCAUGUGAAUUAUGUGGAAAACUAACUAAUUCGAGAUUGGGUGAGCAUGCUUAUACUCAUAUGGAUCAACAUCUGUACCUAUGUCCUAAAUGCGAUUUUGGUGGCACUGGACGUGACAAUGUUUCAAAGCAUAUUCGUGAAGUACAUGACAGUAACGAUCGACCUGUAGACAAUCGACUGAAGUAUGCCGAAGAUAUCAAAGGAACUAUCAAAAAAUGCUACCCAACCCUCUUUGUCGAUAUGCCUACUCCUACUGCUCAGGAUAUUGGAAAGCUAAGGCAACAAAUGGGUUCUACUGGUGCUCGAAUCGUGGGUGUAUCAACGGAUAACGAAGAAAAUGAGGAUGAACAAGACCAAGACCACGAGCAUGACGACGAAGAACUGGACGAAGAAGAAGCUAGCUUCCCUCUAACUAUCGGAUAUAUAAGUCCUGAACAAUGA